AUGCAAGAUGCUCAUCCUUGUCCAACUCCCAUGGCUGCCGGGACAAAGCUUUUCUCUUCUGACAGUGAAUUAUUUAAAGAUCCCACUUUAUAUAGAAGUACCAUUGGAGCCUUGCAGUAUGUGACAUUGACUAGACCCGAUAUAAGCUUCACAGUCAACAAGCUUAGUCAAUUUCUCCAAGCACCCACUGAACUUCAGUGGCAAGCCUACAAAAGAGUGUUAAGGUACAUAAAAGGAACUCAAUUCCAUGGUUUACAGUUCAAACCAGCAACUACUCUUUGUGUUGAGUGUUACACAGAUGCUGAUUGGGGAAGUAACCUUGAUGAUAGAAGGUCUACUAGCUGGUAUUGUAUCUACUUGGGACCUAACCUUGUUCAAUGGAGUUCUCGCAAGCAAAAGGUUGUUGCUUUGUCUUCAACAGAGGCUGAAUACAGAGCUCUUGUGCAAACAGCAACUGAACUGGCUUGGUUAGACAGUUUGUUCUCUGAAUUAGGUGUUAAGGUGACUACAACUCAUUUAAUUUGGUGUGAUAAUCUUAGUGCAGGAGCUUUGGCAGCCAAUCCUGUUUUUCAUGCUCGAACCAAGCAUAUAGAAAUUGACACACAUUACAUAAGGGAUCAGGUUCUAGCUAAGAAAGUGAUAGUGCAAUAUGUCCCUUCCAAAUUGUAG